AUGAGGAUACUUACCUUGUAUUACCUCUUGGCAUCUGCCGGCACGUGGGCAGCCUCAGAUGUCAUUUCCAACGGCGCAGCUGACUCUCUUGGCUUUAUUGACAAGUUCGUGGAGAAGUGGAAGCUCACUCACCCGUCACUCACCAGUGAUGAGCUGGCAGGGAUUCACGACACUGCGCAGCGAAUGAAGUCCAAUCUUCAAAGCCCCCCUCCCCCUCCUCCCCAGGUCACCGUUGCCGUUAGCAAGCCAACCAAUGUCUCUCUUCUUCACCCGCAACAGGUGUCGAGAUUUGCCAAUACGACCGGUAGCAUGCAAGUCACAAACUCGACGCUGGAGCAGGCUCUCCGCAUUGUCCGUCUCGCACAGCGAGAGUCGGACGCCAGGAACAAGGAGCGCAUUGACAAUCCCCGCGUCAACAACUACUACGACGACCGCGGUGCCAAUGCAAAUAGAGCCCGCGCACUAGACGGCAACAGUCUGUACAUCAACGACACGGUUACGGCGGCAGCCGCAAUCGCGGCCGAGGCCACGGCGGCCAACACCACCACCAUUGAUCCCAGCAAAUAUGUACUGCCUCCCGAAAUCGCAAGCAUCGUCCAACAAGACGAUGCUCCCUCUCUUCUCGCUAAGCGUGCUCCACCCAGCUCCGACAGCAGUUGGUGGAUGGAGACAAUUGCACACGAGGGCAAAGUUCCAUUUGGAGGCUCUCAAAACGACGGCUAUACAGUCUUUCGCAACGUCAAGAACUACGGUGCCGUGGGCGACGGCAAAACAGACGACACGGAUGCCAUCAAAAAGGCCAUGUCCGACGGCGGCCGGUGCGGCUCUAGUUGUGGCUCUUCAACAGUCAAGCCUGCAAUUGUGUAUUUUCCAUCUGGUACCUAUCGAGUCCGCCAGACAAUCCCCAUGUAUUACAACACUCAAGUGAUUGGUAAUCCCAACAGUAUGCCCAGGAUUGUGGCAGACGAGAAUUUCGUCGGCCUUGGUGUUCUCUCAUCUGACGAGUAUACUGGGGGCAGCGGCGGUGCGGAUGAGUGGUACAUUAACCAGAAUAAUUUCUUGCGCCAAGUGCGCAACUUGAUCAUUGACACGAGCAAGGCCAACAUGAAGAGCAUAGCUGGUCUCCAUUGGCAGGUGGCGCAAGCGACGAGCAUCUACAAUGUCCGAUUCUAUGGCUCCGCCGACAGAAGUAAAGAGCAUAUUGGCAUAUUUGCCGAGAAUGGCAGUGGUGGCUUCAUGGGAGAUCUGUUCUUUAGCGACAUGACGAUAGGAAUCCGAUGUGGCAAUCAGCAGUUUACGUCCCACUCAAUGACAUUUUUUGGCGUCGGCACUGCUGUUGACCUGCUUUGGGAUUGGGGCUGGACAUGGAAGAACAUGUUCAUUUUCAAUGCGGAUACUGGCUUCAGCAUGAGUGGCGAUUUUAUUGGCGGCUCCAUGAUGCUGCUCGACAGCCACCUCGCCAAUGUCAAUUCCGGCAUCUCCAUCCAGACUCACAAGGCGUCAGACUUGGCCCAAUUCUCAAUCACACUCGAAAACAUCAAGAUGGACGGCGUCAAGACCAUGGUCACUCACGAGUCCUCCAACACGGUGCUCGCGGGCGGCUCAUCAGUCAUUGGGUCGUGGAUUCUUGGACGAGUAUACGACGACGAUAAUAAGUCGGGUUCGUUUCUAAAGGGCAAAACCUCUGCUCUUGGAGAAAAGGAACCAUCCUUGGUUACGAGCAAUGGAGUUGCGACAAACGGCUACUUUAUACGCCGUAAGCCUCAGUAUGCGGACAAGCCAGCAGACUUUUUUGUGAAUGCUCAUUUUGCUACCAAAGGCGAUGGUGUAACUGAUGACACUUUUGGGUUGGCUCUGGCUGCAGCCGUUGCGUACGAUCACGGUAAAGCUCUGUAUAUUCCAAUGGGGUCUUACAUCUUGACCGAUCGUAUCAAUUUCCCAACUGGAUCUAUAGUUGUCGGCGAAUGCUGGUCUCAGUUGGUCGCAAAAGGAGCCGCUUUUCAAGACGCUUCCAAUCCCCGGCCCCUAAUCUCUGUUGGCAAAGACGGCGAGACUGGAUCAGUUGAGAUUCAGGAUCUACUUUUGACGGUGCAGGGGCCAACUGCUGGCGCCGUCUUGAUGGAAUGGAAUGCGGCACAAGACAAGCAAGGUUCAGCGGCCAUGUGGGAUGUGCAUUUCCGAAUUGGCGGUGCAGCCGGGUCGCAUUUGCAACAAUCAGACUGCCCAAAGCUCACCGGGUCGGUCAACCCCAACUGUAUUGCAGGGGCAUUGAUGCUUCACAUGACCUCAUCAUCGUCAGGAUACCUGGAGAAUGUCUGGGCAUGGGUUGCUGACCACGAGUUGGAUGGCGGCCCAAGUCAAACACAGAUUGACAUUUACGUGGCCCGAGGCAUUUUGAUUGAGAGUACAGGGGGUCCAGUCUGGCUAUAUGGCACAUCGUCUGAGCAUUCGGUCCUGUACCAAUACAUGGUUUAUGAAGCCGAAAACGUGGUCAUGUCCAUGAUUCAAACAGAGAGCCCCUAUUUCCUCCCUGAUCCACAAGCUCCAGCACCCUUCAAAAACCAUGGCUAUUUCCCCUCAGACCCAGACUUUGCAGACUGCGACCACUCCAACCCCCACUGCGCAGCAGCGUGGGGCUUGUCCAUCCUCGGCAGCACUAACGUGCGAGUCUACGGUGCCGGGCUCUACAACUGGUUCCAACGCUAUGUCCAGCCCUGCGUGGAUACGCAAGAUUGCCAGCAGAGGGUGGUGAGCAUUAAGAACAGCGGCCAGGUUUGGUUGUACAACCUAUACACGAUUGGCACCGUCGAAAUGAUCAACCACGGCAAAGACCAGCCCGUCUUGGCCAAGGACAACACAAACACGAAUCAGCACCCGUUUACAUCGGUCGUCAACGCCUGGCUGCUUGCUUCUACGGGACAUGGCUCACGAACAAACGACGACGAUGACGACGGCAUUGAUGACUCGGAUUUUGGCCAGCCUCCUGUUUGCAACGACCAGUACGAGUCGCUUGAUCAAAUCUCGGCUGCGUACGACGCUGGUUCCUUUGAUCAGGGAUGCCUGAAUGAAUACCUCUCUAAAGCAUGGGUACACAAUCUCACCGACAGCAUGCACAAGUACGAUGACAUUAUCAAAGACGACUAUCAUUCGAAAUUUGUCAUUUACCGCAGUCUUGUGCAGACGCAGGCCAUGACGCAGCUGCACAAGUACAUGAUGGAGGACGAAGCCGUUGGUUGGCACUGUGGCAAGCCAGAGGCCAAGAUAUGCUGCAAUCGCUGCAGCAACUCGUAUCCAGGCAAUAAUCCGGCCAAUCCCUGCCUCCAUUUGCCCUGCACCGGCAACAACCAAAGCUCUCCGACCGUGUGCAGCGACGGCAAGGACGCUCCUACGGGGUGCCCAACCUACCUCGACGACAGCCCCGACCCCUUGAACUGGUACCUGGAUGACGCGGACAAGUUUCACAAGACUUUGGAAGACAAGUACGGCGUCGUUCGAGAUUGGAUAGAGCUUGUCGACUUUGACGUCUACCAGAAUUACGGGUGCAUCCUCAAUCAGCAAGACGAUGGCGGCAAAAACCUGAUUCAGUGCCAAAAGGACACGGAUGUGUUUUGGCGUGGUUACCCCCAGAUUAAGCGCGAUUUCCCUCUCGACGACCCUUCACAAGUCAUCAAGACGGCCUAUGACAAGACAAAAGACCUCCUGAAAGAAACCGACGUGCAAAUGGACAUGGCCAGCCUCUACUGCGGCGGAUCCUGGGCAGACGUUGCCAAUACGCUCGCGUUUCCCGCCAUGUCCAUGAGCGCCGCGGUGACGAGCAUGCAGGACAUUGUCAAGGUGGCGAAUCAAAAGAUUGAAGAGGACCGCCAAGAGGGCAUCGCGGCCAUUAUCGGUGCCGUCUUGUUCUUUGUGCCCUUUGUGGGCGAGGCGUUGGGCACGACCCUCGCGCUGCUGCGCACCAUCCUCAACUUGGCGGGCGCCUUUGCAGACAUUGGCUACAAUAUUUACGACGCCAUUGAACAUCCCGGCAACGCCCUGAGCGACAUAUUCGGCAUCAUCUUUGAUGCGGCCGGGCUGAGAGGAGCAUUUCGAUCAGCGUCGGCCGAGUGGCGGGACUUGAAGCGGGACAAGAUUGAAGCCAUGCCAAAGGCGUUUGUCAGGGACACGAAAACCAUGAAGAACAUGCAGGGAAUGUGCAAACUAUGA